GCAACAACACAGCUCUCUAGUCAGGCGAAGUUCGGCGACAGCGACAGUCACAAUUCACCCUCGCACGCGGACGGUUAUAGUCACUGCGAAUCAGAGUCGGAUUUGGAGUCGGCGCACCACGGCAAUCAUUUUCCAUCAGCCCACCAAUUGGCCCGAAAGCUAUUGGAGCAGCGUAGCCAGGAUAUCCAGCGUCAGAUUCAUACACAAUCGGUCAGCGGACAGCGAGCCAAGUCCUCCCAACAGCAGCAGCAGCAAACCACCACCAAGUUCGCCAUGUCAUCGCUAGCGGCGGAGCCCCUGCAAGCCCACAAGGCGGAUGAAAUCACGGCCUCCGGGGCGGACAAUGCCGUGGAGUCCCCUGGACUGGGUGCCUCCUGUCAUGAUGUGGCCUCCGCAUCGGCCAGUGCCGGUACAAAGGCCUGCUUCAGCACUGGCCUUGGCGAGAUCAUACAGUUCAUGGAGCUCAUUGGCAAUCUGAAGCACACGAAACGCACUGGCUGGGUGCUACGUGAUGUCAACGAUUGCGAAUCGAUUUCGGGUCACAUGUACCGGAUGAGCAUGUUAACCUUCUUGUUGGACGGCAGCGAGGGACUAAAUCAAAUUCGAUGCAUGGAGCUAGCGUUAGUUCAUGAUUUGGCUGAGAGUUUAGUGGGUGAUAUAACGCCUUUCUGUGGCGUGUCCAAGGAUGAGAAGCGUGCGAUGGAGUUUAAGGCCAUGGAGGAUAUAUGCAAGCUGAUUGAGCCGCGUGGCAAGCGCAUUAUGGAACUUUUUGAGGAAUACGAGCAUGGCCAGAGUGCCGAGAGCAAGUUCGUAAAGGAUCUGGAUCGUUUGGACAUGGUUAUGCAGGCGUUUGAGUACGAGAAGCGUGACAAUUGCCUCCUCAAGCAUCAGGAGUUCUUUGACUCUACCGAAGGCAAGUUUAACCAUCCGUUUGUAAAGAAACUCGUCAACGUCUACGAGCAACGUGAUGUCCUGGCCAAGGCCAAGGGCGCCACGCCGCCGCCAGCCAUUGAGGUUCCCAGCAUGGAGAAGUCUUCGAAACUGGCCAACGGUCAUGACAGCUCGAGUUGAGCGUUAUUCUAGGAACCACCUCUUAGGCUAUAGCACAUGAACACAUACACACACAUCCUUCUCACUAUGCUCUUAAUUUGUAAGCCAACAACAAAUCCAACUAACAAACUGUUACGCCUACCUCGACACGCUCAUAGUUAGACUUAACUUUUAACACACUAAUUUAUUGCGAAAGAAAUGUUGAAGACGAUGUGACGUCUCCUUAGUUCAAUUUCCUCUAUGUUAAGCGUAAAGUUGCAGAAGAGUUUUAGCUAAAUAUUCGAUUGAUCAGACUAAGAAACAACACACACAAUUGUACAUAGCUAAAAUGAAUUGUAGUUAAUUUUAAAGAUGAACAGAAGAACCGUGCACGAGAUUCAUUAUUAUUGUAAAUUAUGUCCUAUAGCAAUUUUAUUCAAACCGACAAAAUAAUGAGUGAAUCAAAAAUUAUUCUUCAGCAACUAAAAUAAUCAAAAUUACUUGAUUUUAUCUUAUAAUUUGUACACCCUCUUAACGAAUCGAACAAUUGUUAUUACAAAAAUUAUAAUUAACAAAAAAAAUUGUAAAUUAGGCAGUAUAUAUACAUAUAUAUAAAGAUGCAGUCACGCCUCAGAGUGGCUAAAAAGACAAA